AUGUGACCGUGAUGUCAUGGGAUGAGGAAGUGGCUUCCUGAAACAGAGUGCUCUGAGGUGAUGGCAUCUUAUAAAAAGACCUACAACAGCUGUGCCAGACUGUGCUUAAACCAGGAAACCGUGUGCUUAUCGGGGUCCACCAUGAAGACAGAGAGCUGUGUUGUUAAAACAAAACUUGUCAAUGGCAACUCAAGCAUGAUUAUGUCCAAGCAGCGGAAGCUUUCAGCUAACUACGAGAAGGAGAAGGAGCUAUGCGUGAAGUAUUUUGAACAGUGGUCGGAGUGUGAUCAGGUGGACUUCGUGGAACAUCUGAUUUCUCGAAUGUGUCACUACCAGCACGGGCACAUCAACACAUACCUUAAACCGAUGUUACAAAGGGAUUUCAUCACUGCGCUUCCAGCUCGUGGAUUAGACCAUAUAGCGGAGAACAUACUUUCCUACCUCGACGCCAGAUCUUUAUGUGCUGCCGAGCUGGUGUGCAAGGAGUGGUACCGAGUGACGUCCGAUGGCAUGCUGUGGAAGAAACUCAUAGAGAGAAUGGUGCGGACCGACUCUCUUUGGAGGGGGCUAGCAGAGAGAAGAGGAUGGGGCCAAUAUCUAUUUAAAAACAAGCCUCCUGAUGGGAAAACCCCCCCAAAUUCAUUCUACAGAGCACUUUAUCCAAAAAUUAUUCAAGACAUAGAGACAAUAGAGUCCAACUGGCGGUGUGGGAGACAUAGCUUACAAAGAAUCCACUGCCGCAGCGAAACCAGCAAAGGAGUGUACUGUUUACAGUAUGAUGACCAGAAGAUCGUAAGCGGUCUUCGAGAUAACACUAUCAAGAUCUGGGACAAGAACACAUUGGAGUGUAAGCGAGUUCUGACUGGACAUACUGGUUCUGUACUGUGCCUACAAUAUGACGAGAGGGUUAUCAUUACCGGCUCAUCCGACUCCACCGUCAGAGUUUGGGAUGUAAACACGGGAGAGAUGCUAAACACGCUGAUUCACCACUGUGAGGCCGUGCUCCAUUUGCGAUUUAAUAAUGGAAUGAUGGUCACCUGUUCCAAAGAUCGUUCCAUCGCUGUGUGGGACAUGGCCUCUGCCACAGACAUCACUCUGCGGAGGGUCCUGGUGGGUCACCGGGCCGCCGUAAACGUGGUGGACUUCGAUGACAAGUACAUAGUGUCUGCAUCUGGUGACAGGACUAUUAAGGUUUGGAACACAAGCACCUGUGAAUUUGUACGGACCUUAAAUGGCCACAAGCGGGGGAUUGCGUGCUUGCAGUACAGAGACCGACUAGUAGUGAGUGGCUCCUCUGACAACACAAUAAGGUUGUGGGACAUUGAAUGCGGUGCUUGUUUACGAGUUUUAGAGGGACACGAAGAAUUGGUUCGGUGCAUUCGCUUUGACAAUAAGAGAAUAGUCAGCGGAGCAUAUGAUGGGAAAAUUAAAGUGUGGGACCUUGUAGCUGCUCUGGAUCCUCGCGCUCCCGCAGGGACCCUUUGUCUGCGGACGCUUGUGGAGCAUUCUGGGAGAGUAUUUCGCCUGCAGUUUGAUGAGUUCCAGAUAGUGAGCAGUUCCCACGACGAUACCAUCCUUAUCUGGGAUUUUCUUAAUGAUCCAACUACACAUGCGGAGUCUACGCGUUCCCCGUCUAGAACAUACACUUACAUCUCUAGAUAAAUAACACUAUAGAGUACCUCACAGUUGCACAGGGACUUAUUUGAAGAUUAUGGUAACUGAAUCACCUGUGAACGCCAGGAAAUUCGAAAAUCUACCUGAUCAGUAUUUGACGAAAAAGAGAA